AUGGAAUCAGUGGCAAAGACUGUUUUUUGGAAGACUCACCGGACAAGCUGGAGUUCUAUUCGAAAUGUCCAUACACAAUGUAUUGCAAAUAUACGACCAGAAAGCGAGAGUGCCAAAGUGACCCGCAAUUCCCCUCUCUUCCACCAUUUGAUGAUGGCAAUGGAAGGCUCGAUGUGUAGUUUGGGCAUUUCGGUAAAGAUCCUCGAGGAGGUUGUAAAGCGAGUGGAGAAGAGUGCGGAUGAUAGCAGCCCUCCUUCAUUCAGCCCACCAACAAAAAUUGCAAGGACGAUGGUGACAGCAAAAACCUUAAGUCUACCAAAAAGCGUGACGCGACAGGCAACCAUAAUUCACCUAACGAAGCCGAAGAUAUUGCGGAACAUGGUGAUAUCAUAG